AUGUAUUUAUUAUAUUUCCCUAAUCAGAUAUCUGCCUCUUUAAUAUGUCAACUUGAGGCCGUUGGCUGGAUAAUGAAAGAAGUAGAACGAAUACCUGUACCAUGGAAUGGAAAUUUAUCCGAUAAAUUUGUUGAUCAAUUUACCAAACUACAAAUUUGGUCAUUAACUGAGUUCAAUUCAAUAAUUUAUAUCGAUUCGGACGCAAUUGUCCUUCAAAAAAUAGAUAAUUUAUUUGAAAUAGUUAAUUCACGUACAAAAUUCGAAUUUGCAACUGCACCUGAUGUUUUAGACAAGCAAAUACUUACAAAAUUUAAUGCAGAAUCUUAUCCACAUCUUUGGCCAAUCUUAUUUCCUGAUAUAAAAGUUAUACAUUUUACUGUAGAAAAACCAUUUUUAUCAACAUUAUCUAAUGAAAUAUUUGACGAACCGUUCGAGGUUUGGAAUUCACUUUAUAGCGAGAUGGAAAAG